GAGUUGAGAGUCUCGGAGGAUUCACCAGCAGAGGAGCUGCUCCGUUUAGACUAUUGAAUCUCUCACGUCUAUAACCUGUUUUUGUUAUUGUUUGUUUUGUUUAUAACCUGUUUUGUUUUUGUUUGUUUGUUUGACUCCGGGGAUGGCGACAAGGCCAACGUUAGCAAAGUGUCUACAGCACUUUGCAAGGAACAGGUAAAGCUCACGUGCCAGUCGCUCGAUCCAUUUUGCAGGAAACUAAAGAGAUCCGGAAAGCGGACCCGAGAAGAAACACGGAACCCGUUCAACCUCAGAGGGUGAUUCCCGUUCAGCAGCGCCUUUCUGGCCCCUUAGAUUUCUGCCGCUAGACGUGAUCGAAGCUGCUGACCUGUGCUUCUGAGGUGUGUACUCUAGGCUUGGAGAGUUGCUUUAGAGACAAGUGUCGUUUUCCCAUACCCCAAAUGCUGUGGUCCGCGGGGCUGAUCCAUCCUGGUACCGGGAGUCGUGAGCUGGGCCUGGCCCGGUUGAGGUUCCCACGGCAACCGCAAGCCGCUCCCGGCGUCUCCCGAGUGACGAGGCGCAAGCCAAGACCCGGAGCCCGGAUUUCUGGAGCCGAGCCACGGAGCAAGGCUGGAGCGAGAUCGCGGCUGGCCAAGUGAGGAGGGGAGCGACGCUGCCUUUCGUCCUUGCCCUUGGCGCCCGGAGGGCGUCCAGCUAAAGCCACUCCUACUCAUCCCGGCCUCAGUGUGGCCCCUGCUGCCCUUCUGGGGAUUCCUUCCCUGCUUUCCAGGUGGGGAGACGGAGGACUGGGCUGCGCCCCAGUGUCAGUGGGUGAAGUGGGCAAAGCCAGGCCCUGCCCCUUGGUGACUGGCAUCCCGACAGAGAACUAUGCAGACAAGUGGAAGACGGGCCACGGGCACCUCCUCGGGUUCGGAUACCAGCCCAGUCAGUAACCUGCAGUGUGGUCUUGAAGCGCCCACUCCUCUCCAGGUCUAGGAGAUGGAACAUUGCCACCCAUGUCUCAGGGUAGACCUCCCCAAGUGUGCGCGAUAGCCACCAAGUUUAAAAGAAGCCGUCGAAGGGCAAAGUGCGUUGCACGUGCCAAGGGCCGUCCCGGGUUCUGUUCGGGUCCUGUCCGUCACUCCAGCCCCAAGGGCGGUCUCUCCUGCUGCACCCUGGAGCUUGGUCUGGAAACCUUCCAUGCCUAGAGGACUCAAGUCUGCAGGCCCUGCAUCUCCCCAGGUGACCACGCCGGCCUCAGGUCAUGCACGGACACAACCGCAACGGGCAGGCCCACGUGCCCCGGCGGAAACGCCGCAACCGCUUCGUCAAGAAGAACGGCCAGUGCAAUGUGUACUUCGCCAACCUGAGCAACAAGUCCCAGCGUUACAUGGCCGACAUCUUCACCACGUGCGUGGACACGCGCUGGCGCUACAUGCUCAUGAUCUUCUCGGCGGCCUUCCUCGUCUCCUGGCUCUUCUUUGGCCUCCUCUUCUGGUGCAUUGCCUUCUUCCACGGUGACCUGGAGGCCAGCCCCUCGGUGCCUGCUGCAGGAGGCCCGGGGGGCAACGGCGGGGCAGCCCCGACGGCCCCCAAGCCCUGUAUCAUGCAUGUAAACGGAUUUUUGGGGGCCUUCCUCUUCUCGGUGGAGACGCAGACGACCAUCGGCUACGGCUUCCGGUGCGUGACGGAGGAGUGCCCGUUGGCGGUCAUCGCUGUGGUGGUCCAGUCCAUCGUGGGCUGUGUCAUCGACUCCUUCAUGAUUGGCACUAUCAUGGCCAAGAUGGCCCGACCCAAGAAGCGGGCCCAGACGCUGCUGUUCAGCCACCACGCUGUCAUCUCGGUGCGUGACGGCAAGCUCUGCCUGAUGUGGCGGGUGGGCAACCUUCGAAAGAGCCACAUCGUGGAGGCCCACGUCCGGGCCCAGCUCAUCAAACCCUACAUGACGCAAGAGGGAGAGUACCUGCCGCUAGACCAGCGGGACCUCAACGUGGGCUAUGACAUCGGCCUGGACCGCAUCUUCUUGGUGUCACCCAUCAUCAUUGUGCAUGAAAUCGAUGAGGACAGUCCGCUCUAUGGCAUGGGCAAGGAGGAGCUGGAGUCGGAGGACUUCGAGAUCGUGGUCAUCCUGGAGGGCAUGGUGGAGGCCACGGCCAUGACCACGCAGGCCCGCAGCUCUUACCUGGCCAGCGAGAUCCUGUGGGGUCACCGGUUCGAGCCCGUGGUCUUCGAGGAGAAGAGCCACUACAAGGUGGACUAUUCGAGGUUCCACAAGACCUACGAGGUGGCCGGCACACCCUGCUGCUCCGCCCGGGAGCUGCAGGAGAGCAAGAUCACGGUGUUGCCCGCCCCGCCGCCCCCUCCCAGUGCCUUCUGCUACGAGAACGAGCUGGCCCUCAUGAGCCAGGAGGAGGAAGAGAUGGAAGAGGAGGCUGCAGCGGCGGCAGCGGUGGCUGCCGGCCUGGGCCUGGAGGCAGGCUCCAAAGAGGAGGCAGGCAUUAUCCGGAUGCUUGAGUUUGGCAGCCACCUGGAUCUGGAGCGCAUGCAGGCCACCCUCCCGCUGGACAACAUCUCCUACCGCAGGGAGUCUGCCAUCUGACCUCCGGGCCCCGCCGUCCUCUGUUUCCGCCAGAGCCUCUGACGGGUGGGACGCCAGGACAAGCCUCCCACCCUCAGGACAGAGUUGAACCUGGCUCCGUGGACCUAGAGGAAGGUGGGGGCUGCAAAGACUGGGAGAUUCCCUUCCUGUGAACUGCAGAGCCCGGGACAGGGAAGGACCCAGGUACUCGGCCCUGCUGGCCUGAGCCCCCUUGGCACCUCCCCACGGGUGGCUCUGGGCCCCCAGAUCUUCCACCUUUUCCCCACUGACCCUUCAAGGAUGUGCCCCUUCCGUUCUCAGGACCUCGGGGAAGGCGGCUGGACUGUUGGGGGUGGGGUGGGCAUCCCGGGGUUCUGGGUGGGCAGGGUGGGUCUGGGGAAGGGGAGGGGCGUGUUUCCUUUGCAUGACUGUGGUCUGUGCUCUUGACUCUCUUUUGUAAAUACCUAUAAAUGGAAGAGAUGGAGACACAAGUCCACCCCUGCCCAUUUCUACCUGUGAGACAGAGAAGCCGCCAUCCCUCUCUGUGUGCCCCUAACCCAGCCCAGCCCUACCCAGCUGGCCGGUCCCCUUGAGACCCUCGAAGCCAGCUCUGUAUGGUGUCGGAUUUGGGUAGAGGGGACCCCAGAGGCGGGAUGAAUACCCCUCCCUCCCCACAGUCCCUCCAGGCCCCAGAUUGAUGAUGGCGUUUGUAACUAUUUUUAAUAAAGCAUAUGGUCCACUAGAAGUAGGCUGGUAGAGAGAGGAGAGAGUGAGUGAGUGAGAGAGAGCGAGCAUGUGAGUAUCUGUAUGGCCCCCCCUUUCUAAAAAUUAUUCUUUUGUGUGUGCGUGUGUGCGUGCAGGUGAACACGCAUGUGCCCUUGGGAAAGCCAGAGGGCAACCCCAGCCGUCGUUCCUCGGGAGCUAUCCAGCUUUUUGAAAUUUUUUUUUAAGAUUUAUUUUUAUUUUCAUAUGCACAAGCUUUUUUUUCCCGGCAUGUUUGUAUGUACACUAUGUGCGUGCCUGAUGCCUGCAGAGGCCAGAAGAGAGCAUCGGAUCCCCUGGGACUGGAGUCACGGCUGGUCGUGAGCCACCAUGUGGUGCUGGGAAUCUAACCUGGGUCCUCUGCAAAAGCAACAAGUGCCCUUAACUGCUGAGCCGUCUCUCCAGCCCCAUUCGCCUCAUUCACUGAUUUAUCCGUCCGUUCAUUUGUUUAUUUAUUUUUGAGGCAGGGUCUCUCACUGGUCUGGAACUCAUGGUUAGGGUAGGCUGGCCAGAGAGCCCCAGGCUCUACCUGUCCUAGUGGCAGCCUUUCUUUCUUUCCUUCUAUCUUUUUUCUUACGUAGGUGCUGGGGAUCAGAUUUAGGUCCUCACGCCUGUACUCUACUCACUGAGCCAUCCCAGGGGUGCGUGCCCUUUCUGAGAUACCGAUCCUCGUAGGGACCUCUGCCACCUGGUCGCCCUGGGUGAGCAUCACAGAAGUAGGUCUGAAUCCGAUCUUUGUAACUCAGGGGAAGCAGGAAGUGCCCACUGGGUUUACGCCCGUGCGUACGUGCCCACAUCCAAGCCUCCACUCGCCGCUGAGGGAGCCUGUAGGACACCGAGGUGUGAGGGGCUCCAGGAACACACUGGAAACCUGGUCACGGUCCAGAUGUGGUGGCUGCCUCUGGCAAGGCCUCCCCUCUGGGCCUCAGAGUUUGUGUUGUCUGAACAACAAGCUCGCUCAGGCAGCCACCUGUUCCUCAAGGUCUGUGGGUAGCUGAGGGCUCCCCCAUCAGCUGGAAGAGCCACGCUAGCCUCGUCCGCAUGUUGGUGGAUGCUGGGUUGGGGCUCUGGGCCCUUCCUCCUCCCGAGAAUUCCAUCAGGUUCCUUUGCAGUGUUUACAGUAGAAGUCUAAGAGCAAAGGCUGCAGGGGGCCUCAACUAGAGCAUCGCGCCCCAUCCAUUCUGCUGGGCAACCCUGUCCAUCAGGGACCAGUCUGAUGCAAAGGGGGACGUCAGACUCCAUAAUUAGCGUGACAAGUUGGCGAAGGCUGCACAGGGGGAAAGUGUCAUGCCGGAUGACCUGGCCCUUCUUGAGGGGCUAGCAUAGCCACUCUGCUUCAGGUGCCAACUGUGUGCCCCGGCAGAAAGCACCCUGUGCCAUCUCAGGAACCUCUAUGGCAACCUGCCAGCUUACCUACCGAGAAGGAAGGUGGAUUGCUCUAGCAGCCACAAGCUACCAUUUAGAUUAACUCUGUCCCAGCAUGCUUAAUGCUUUUACAAGGGACUCUGGGGGCUCUCCCCUGGAGAGAGGCUAGCUUGGGCAGUGGAGGACUGGGGUCUCAUUUAACACACGAAGGCAUAUACAGGCAUAGAGAACUAGAGAAUGAAAGACGGCCGUCACCACGUGAGGACAUCACAGGCAGAAGGGCCUGCUUCUCCUCUCCCACCCUUUGAGGGCAGUGCUGGACGGAGGCUGUCCGCCCCACUUCCCCUCCCUGUUAUCCCAAGUGCACCAGUAACCUUUAGCUGCCUCAACGGGCUGGAGGCGAGGAUGGGGAGGCGACACUCGGCAAGAGAAAAAAAAAAAUCUCAAAGGCCUAGCCCACCCACUCCCACCCCAGACCCAGGUAGCUUCUCAGGGAUGCCCUACUGUCCAGCCCUGCAGGCCCUGGGAGGACACUGCUGAGGUCCACCGCCCCUGCCUCCCCCCCUCCUUUCCCGGCGACGGCAAGCUACCCACUCAGCUGAGGUCUCAGGCUGGGCCGGGAGUAUGGGACAGGUAUCAAAGCUGUCUCGUCUGGCGAGAGGCCGAGCUGUCCAGAGGGCCGCCCCAGGACAAGCAUUUCAGGGUCCCCUGGAAACAUUGUUACCAGUUGGCUACUUGCUCAGACUCCUGGGGGGGAGGAGGGGCACCGUGUCCUUUCAGACAACCCCACUCCUCCCUCAAGCCACAGGCAACAUGACUGGCGGACACAAAAGAAG